AACGGUGUGGCAGGGUCCAGGGUGUGUGAGGAUUAUUAACGGCCCCCCGGCUUCCCGUGUAAUAUGACCGGGUAACAGCCGAGGCCGGCGGCCACUCGGAGCCCACGCCGCUAAAGAGUAAAGACCCUUCAAAGGGGAGCUUCCAGUUUGGGAGGGGAUGGUUGGCAUGGAGAUGGGCGAGGGCGUGGUGUGAAUUGCGGGCUGACCAAUCUGAGAGCGUGGACCGGGUUGUUUGUUGGUGGUUCCGUCAAGAAACUUACUCAAGGAGCGCGGUGGAACGAGGUAGCGGAUGCAACAGCUGUGGGUAACUCGUAGGUUGGAUUGGGGCGCGCUGUGUGAGAAGCGGUAUACCGAGCUCCAUUGGUAGCCCACACCCAUCGGUGCUGCCUUGUAUAACAUACGGUAGCCACACCGAGACCCGUCACCACUACUAUCGUGACAGCCGUAUUUGUAUCUUCUCUACAAGCUGCUCUCUGUCUUGGUUUCCAUGGAGCUCAUUGAUCCCGGAGUGCUUCUUACCGGAGCAUCCUUUGCCUGCUUUCGCCUCUUGAACGGGAAGCUUCAGCGCCUGAUACCCGCCCCGAGUUCCGCGCUCCGGAAUCCCUGGAAAUGGAGGAACAUCUGGACCUCCUUCAUACACAGCCUGCUGACCGGGACCUGGGCGCUGCUUGGGUUUUACCUGCAGCCGGAGAUGGCCGAGGACUUGAUCUCCACUCACACUCGGUUUUCGCAUUGCCUCAUCGCUGUGUCUAUAGGAUACUUUAUCCAUGAUUUUGUGGAUAUGCUGCAGAACCAAAAGCUGCAUCAGUCCUGGGAACUGCUUUUCCAUCACACUGUGGUCAUCACAUGCUUUGGGAUUUCUUUGCUCCUCCAGCGCUAUGUCGGGUUUGCAGUGGUGGCGUUGUUGGUAGAAAUUAACUCGAUCUUCCUGCACUUGAGGCAGAUUCUACUUAUGGCCAACCUCUCAAAGACCACUUUUUAUCGGCUGAACAGCCUCCUGAACUUGGGAACCUAUGUCAUCUUCAGGAUUAGUACACUAGCCUGGAUGACCAGAUGGUUGGUGUUAAACCGAGACAACAUCCCCCUUCUUACAUACACCGUUGGCAGCGUGGGAAUGGCUAUCAUGACUGUAAUGAAUAUAGUCCUUUUUUGCCGCCUUCUACGUAGUGAUUUCCUGAAGUCGACUCGAGAUCAGCAGAAAGAGAAGGAUAAGUAAAGGUAGACGGCUCUACCCUGAGACCUCCUCGGAAGAAGAACAUGAGGAGUUAUGUGCAGAAUGCUAGGGGAACAUUUGGUGCCAAUACAUCUUGCAUAUCCCCCAGGUGCCCUGCAAGAUAAAACAUCCUCGGAUACAACCAAGCACUUGCCAUCCUGGAACAUUUUUAGAUUUUAUAUUGGUAAUCUUGUAAUCACACUUAUAUGCACUGCUGCUCCGCUCCGCUCUGCUCUACGCGCUUACUUGAGAUGACCCAUAAAAUAACCCAUAUGAAGUCGCCUUGGAACAUUUAUUUACUGGCCUUUAAGGAAAACUUGUGCUUCAAGCUGAGAGCACUUAAGAAGGUGUGUUUGGACCUCUCAUGGAAUAAUCCAUCAAAUUAACUAUUUAUGAUUUCAUGGACAGUUGAUUGGAUUUCUAAACGUUAAUAACAAUCCUAUCUAGAUUUAAUAGACCAUUAAACUCUAGAA